AUAUCCAACAGCAUUCAAUUCAUCGUUCAAACAUAACUUCCUCUCUGCAUUUGCAUUUGCAUUGCUUGCCUUAAUUUAGCUCCAUAGAAUGCAAAACAAUACUGACAAUUCUUCACCUCAAGGAUCAUCUGAAACAACAAAUCGAAAGUGCGAUCGCUUUGCAAAAAAGUCGUUUUGGUUUCUCGUUGUACUUUUCUUCUUCUCUUUUCCUUAUUCCUAUCUCUCCCAUUUCCCCUGCUUCUUCUACUAUAAGCUUCAGCUUUCCACUUUGAUCUUCCCCUUGUUUGCUCAGAUUCUCGACAGGAAGUACAUGUUCCUUAUCUGCAACGGAAUCCUCGCAUUCCUUGCCAAGAAUGUCAAGUUUAGCAACAGCAGCAGUGAAGAUGGUGUGGCGAAAAUGGCUCAACUGUCUAAUGAAGAAACUGCAGCAUCGUCCAUGGAGAAUUCCGGCGAUCCACUCGGUCUAGCUGCUGAAGAAGAACCACAUAUGGAGGAGCAACUGCAAGAAGAUGGCGGAGAUUUUCGUGAAGGUAACACAGCAACAGGUUUUGUUCUAGAAACAGCAGAUAGGGAAUUCGACAAUGGCGAGGAGGAGGACGAGGACGAGGACGAUGAAGUAGAGGGCGAUAGUGUAGCUUCAGAAGCAGUAGAAAUGGUGAGUGAUGCAAGAGUCAGCACAGAAGAGUUGAACAAGAAGUUCGAAGAAUUCAUCAGGAAGAUGAAGGAAGAAAUCAGAGUUGAAGCUCAGCAACCCCUCAUUACAGUCCAAGAAAAAGCCUACAAAUGAUCAUAAAGGGAUUAGUUACAAACCAACAAUAGAAAUAAUGACACAAUAAAGGGUCUCAAAAGCUUAGGAAAUCUUUCCUAAUGAUAGCUUUCUUUUUCAUACACUGAUACACAGGACA